AAUAUAGGAAAUAGCGCCCCCUUCACUUCCGGAGUGCAAUGGUCCCUUCCUGUUUGCUGCAGCGAGGUCCUUCUCGUUUUGUUUGGCAACUUCAUUUACGCUAAAACACACACACUUCUCUGGAGGUUUUAAAAGAUCAAACCUUAGAUUUCAGUUUAUUCCUCAGUGUAAAAUUCAGAUUAUGAUCAGAUUAUUUUAUGCACAAAAAGUAAAACUGGAACAUUAUAUAGCUUAGACUCUUGAACUGAUGACUUUCUAUAAUUGCUUCAUUAAUAAUCCAUUACUCUGUUUUAUUGGGACGAAAUAUGAUGAGACCAAUUUUCCUUUGCCAUUUUUCAAAAUGGGAAAGACAAAAGAACAUUUGAUUCAAGGAGGCAGAUGGAAGCAAUCAUUAGCAUUAGCAGUUUAAAGAAAUGGAACAUCAGGCGGACCAGAGUUUAUCCUCUAAGUCAAACCAGAAGACAAAACGUCCCAAAGCUUCCUGGAAGAGACACAGAGCAAACUUCACACUUUAUCCUACCGUCAACAGGUAGCUAGAAUACCAUCACUAAUGUUAGGAGGAAGCUAGCAUAUCAUCACGAAUGUUAGCAGGAAGCUAGCAUACCAUCCCCAAAAUAAACAGGAAGCUAGCACACUACCACCAUUUGACCUGGACCAGAACCUGAACCAGAAUGAUGGUGGUGGUGCUGGUAGGAGUUUGUCCUGCAAUUUCAUUCUCGCUCUGUCCAUCUGUUUUUGGGCAAGAAACUUUACCCACAUCGCCUGCUGGUGGUCAGGGGGUGAACUGCAUGAAGCUGCUGCUGCUAACAGCUGCUCUGGAAACAUUUCUUCUCUCCAACAAGUUUUCCAAUAAAUCUGCUGAGUUUCUGAUGAUUAUUUGAAAAACUACAUUUAUUAUCCCUUUUGAAACUCAGCAGGAAAGUUUGGACUGUGGUCUGUUGUUGGUCCGUUCUGCCAAAGUGGAACUCUCUCAAACAGAGCAUAGAGAAGAACAACGACCCAAUUCAUUUUCAGUGAGUUCAGAAAUUGUGCAUGGAGAGGCAGAUGGUACCACGGAUCCUCCCAGCAACAAGGUCCAGGGGUCAAGGUUCAAGUCCUGCCAAUGGAUCAUAAGCCUGGAGUUAAAAGGUUCUGGCCGCUGCCAUCUCUGGAAGGAUUUCAGUAAAGAUGGCCGCUGCAGUUCUCUGUUUCCAGCAGUAAAGAUGGAUUGUAAAGUUGCAGAGAGCGACAGCACGGUCAGCACAGGAAGGAAACAAACAAACAGGAAGCUCAGCUAACAGCAGCGGCCGUUAGUGGACCGUUGGCUGCAGCGGAUGUGAUGCGUUCACUGACUCAGAGUGCUUUCAGUUCAUUAUCAUCAUUUUCAGCCAUUGUCUAUUUUUACCGUCUGCCUUCGUCUUCUUCUGCUGAUGCUGAAUUUACCACCUGUCUCACGUUGAUGAUGUAACAGUCGGCUAAAAUGCGACUCGGCCUUCUGCCUGCAGACGCUUUGAAAACUUUGGGGUUUAGUUCCACAUCUGGAAGAGGAACAGAUCAGGUUUAUUUUGAGAAAAGAUGGGAUCUGGUUGCGUUGUGCUUUGGCAGCUGGCGGUUCUCCUCACUCCAAAGUUCUCCAGGUUUCCAACAUCAGAUUAUCUGCAGCUUCCCGCCUCCCGGCCGUCAUGCUGCCUCUAAGCAGCCAAUCAGAGCCCAGCUGCUGAGUCAUGCCGCCAUGUUGAGCUUUUCCAGCUGAGAAAUUAGUUCAAAGCUUUGAAAACUGACAGAAAGGCAGAUGAUGAAUUAUUAAUACGUUCUGUCUGAGUUUCUGCUCCGGUCAGACUCUAGUCUCUGUUCUCAGCUCCAGCUGGGCCCCCUGGAGAGGCCCCCGGGCCUCAGGUUGGGAACCUCCCCGGUCAGCUGCAGAGUGGUUAGAAACGCAGCACCAUGGAAACCGGCCGGCCAAUGGGGGAGCGGGAAGCUGUUUACUGGGGGGUGUCCCGUUACCAUGGUUCCGGGACAAACCUCCGUCAGCAGGUAUUAAACUGGCGCCCCGGCGGAGCCCCGAGCCGCGGACACACACACGCACAGAGGAGCGCAGACUGUAGCGGGACUGGCGCAGACUGCAGGUGUCCGGUUUUGGUGUUUAAAGUUCUCCAAACUGUUUCCUUUGGGAUCUAAAAGUUUCUCUUCAAGCGGCCAGGUUGCCUCGAGGUUCGAGUCGGGUAGCAGAACCGAGCCCUGUGUGGCGCAGGACGGGGAGCCAUGCUGUCUCUGAGCCCGGUGGGCCCCGAGGAGCAGCGGAGCUGCGGGAGCUGCGGGGCCCCCUGCAGCUGCGGCCUGGAUGACAGCCUGACCAACCUGCAGUGGCUGCAGGAGUUCUCCAUCCUGGGGGCUCCGGGACCGCAGCAGGGCCAGCAGCAGCUGGGCCCCGGCGGCCCGGCCUCGCCCCUGGCCGGGGACCCGGCCUCCUGCAGCGGGUCACCGCUGACUCCCGGGAAGCCCACCGCGGCGGCCUUCAGCCGGAUGCGGGCCCCGCCGGCUCUCGCGGCGCGCGGCCACUGCCCGGCCGAGGUGGAUUACCGCAGCAACCCGGACAUCAAGCCGCCGUUCUCCUACGCGACGCUGAUCUGCAUGGCGAUGCAGGCCAGCCAGCGCAGCAAGCUCACCCUGGCCUCCAUCUACCAGUGGAUCACCGACAACUUCUGCUACUACCGGCACGCGGACCCCACCUGGCAGAACUCCAUCCGCCACAACCUGUCGCUCAACAAGUGCUUCAUCAAAGUCCCCCGCCGCAAAGACGAGCCGGGCAAGGGCGGCUUCUGGCGCAUCGACCCACCGUACGCCGAGCGCCUGCUCAGCGGCGCCCACCGGACCCGCCGUACGCCGCCGCUCCGGGUCCACCUGCCGCCGCCGAACGAGGAGCGCCGGGACCCCCGCCUGUCUGAGGGCGGCCCGCAGGGUCCCCAUGCCCCGACCCCCGGCCGCCGCGGGACCAAGAGGAAGUCGGUGCUGGCAUCCCGGAGCGGCGCCUCCGAGGCUACCCGGCACUGCAGCUCCCCGCUGCUCUGUGUGGACGAGCAGAGGGAGGCCGGGCCCCUGAAGGGCCCCUUCGACUGGGACGGCUUGUUGGACUCGGCCCUCAGGGGGGAGCUGAGUUUGGAUGGGGGCGACUCUCUGAGCCCCAUCAUGGCCGCCGCCGACCCUCCUACACCCAGGAGUGGCAACGACCUGGACGAGGAAACCUUCCUGGCAACCGCUUUCCUGGAGACGCCCUGGCCGGAGGAUGAGGACCGCGGCGACUUCCUGAGCGGCUCCACCGUCAACCUGGACCAACUGUUUGACCUGGGAGAGCCGCUAGCCCUGGACGCUAGCAACCGGAUGGAGCCGCCAGUCCUGGACGCUAGCAACCGGAUGGAGCCGCUAGUCCUGGACGCUAGCAACCGGAUGGAGCCGCUAGUCCUGGACGCUAGCAACCGGAUGGAGCCGCUAGUCCUGGACGCUAGCAACCGGAUGGAGCCGCUAGUCCUGGACGCUAGCAACCGGAUGGAACCGCUAGUCCUGGACGCUAGCAACCGGAUGGAGCCGCUAGCAAUGGAUGCUAGCAAUUGUCUCAUCUGAAGAAAGGGUCAGUGACUAAAGUGGCUGGGAAGCUGCAGGGAAACGCCUCUUCCUGUCCUGUAGACUCUUGUCCAUGCCUGCUUCCUGGAGACGCCACUAGAGGAAGCAGGAAACAGACGAGACAGAGUCCAACAUUAAAAACUAAAUGAACAAUAUUUCUAUAGUAAAUCUGUAGUUUAUAGAGUUGUAGUCAAAUUUGUUCUGACAUGUUUUGUUAUUGAUUUGUUAUGAAUGGGUUCAUGUUCAUAGUUCAAUAUUUUAAAAUUCUGAGCUAUGUUUCAGGUACCAACAUGAACUAGUUCUCGUUCAGUGGCUCAUAAACUGUAUUUUCAUACAAAUUUCUAAAUAAAGUCCAUUUAAAUAAAA